AACACCUUCACACUUUUCUUCAUCCCCCUCCCGGCCAUUACCUCCCCUCGGCUGUGGCAGCGCACAGAACCGUGCUUUGCACCAUUCACCGACAGGCAGAAAGGGCCAUUUCGAUUUCGUCACUCUGCCGCCAUUCGAAGCUCGGAUCCUCCCCCCUGGGCGUUGUGCCACCAGCUUGUUCAAUCGAGGAGGAUCCUGAUCUGCCAUCUUCCCUUUCAUCACCCCGCAACCCGAGCUUUCGCUCGCACCCCGAUCUUUUCCGUUGAUUUACCACGUCUCACUGUCGUCGUCGGCAGCCGCGUCGCGCACUCUUCCCGCGGAGACCGGUCGCGCAUCGUACUCUCACAGUCCCUACCGCCUUCUCCCACCCUUCCAAUUGGCCAUGGGCGCCUCACUGUCUACCCUGGUCGGAUGGACCGUGGUCAUCGGAUGCGUUUACAUCGUCGCAUUCGGGAUUCCUGGACAGAAGAAGGGCCGCGAUACCGUCCGCGGCGCCUCACAGCGCCAUCGGCUAGAAGAGAAACAAAGCCACGCCCGCAAGGAGCCAAAGGAGAAGGCCAAGCGCCAAAGAGGAGAGGCUCACAGCAAGGAUGCCGAGGAUACGAACAAGCCAUCACAGCCGAAGGCACGCACACCCAAGCCAUCGGCCACCCCGCAGCCGGUCAAUGACAGCUCUGACGAUGGCCUCGAUAACCGCGAGUUUGCCCGUCAGCUGGCCAGCAUCAAGCAGGGAACCUCCCUCAAUGCGCCCAAGAAGAACGACGAGAAGCGGCAGAAGUCGGUAAAGCAGUCGCGCGCCCAGAUUAUCGAUGAUAAGGCCGAUCAAAUCAAGGACUCGGCCCCUUCGUCCACCGCUGGUGUGGAUGCUGACGACGACGAGUCCUCGACCCCUUCGCCGGAGAUCAAGGCCCUCGACGCUAGCGGUGUUAGCGACAUGCUGGAGCCCAAGGCUGCCGGCCCCUCCGUUCUCCGCCUUACCGACACGGACAAGGUAAAGCCCAAGAAAGAGAAGAAAUCCAAGGAGCCCCAGAAGACAGAGACAAAGAAGCAGCGUCAGAACCGCCAGAAGGCCGAAGCCGCGAAGGCUCUCCGCGAGGAGGCGGAGAAGCAAAGGAAGGCCGAUAUGGAGGCCCAAAGACGGCAGGCUCGCAUCGCCGAGGGCCGGCCGGCCAAGGACGGAUCUACCUUCAUGGCACAGGCCCAGCAGUCUGCCUGGACCAACAACGGCGUCAACGGCAGUCCCAGCAGCAAUGCCACCAACGGGGGUUUCCUUCCCGUGCAGCCGCUGGACACUUUCGACACCGGUAGCUACACCGACGUUUCCGUCCCCAAGAACAAGUCCCCCGCCAAGACCGAGCCCGCCAAGAGCAACCCGGCCGACAGCUGGAUCUCUACUCUGCCGUCGGAGGAGGAGCAAAUGGAGAUGCUCCGUGAUGAGGAGGCUUGGAACACGGUUUCGACCAAGAAGACGAACAAGAAGAAGAAGGAAGCUGCCACCGAAAACCUAGUCGACUCGGAACCGACCGUCGUUCAGAAGCAGCCCGCUGCUAAGCCUGCGUCUACGAGCAACGGCGCCAGCGCCCCCCCCAAGAAACCCACCAAGGUGAUUUCUCAGCCGUCGGCCUUUGCCGCUCUGAGCACGAACGAGCCCGAGGUCGAGGAGGAGAACGAGUGGGACGUCUAAACGCGGCAGAUCUUCAAAACCGGCAGCGGCUUCCGCCGCAGCUGUGGCCGCAGGGCUCACCACCGCCCUCGCUAUGUCCCUUGCACGCAUCUGUUUCGCUGCUCGCCCGGGCAGGCCCAUCAACCUCCUUCCUGAUCACCUGUUGCAAUCUUGGCUUUCUUUGAUGGGCAAGGCACGGAGUUUGUGUAUGUACAUUACCGACCGGAAAAUGCCUCGGGAGUUGAGCCUUUGAUUAUUUCUGUUCAUAUGUUUUUUUUCUCCUUUUUCCACUUGUAUGUGUUGUACCGGCCUCUCUCCGCCUUUGCCAUCGAUUGACCUCAAUUUCCCCUGGUGACAAUUGGCUGCUGG